CCAAAACGUAGGAUAUUGAGCACUGUGACAACUAGAACUAGAAUUUGCUUAACUCCUCUCCUCGUAUUAAUAUACACCAACCAUAGCUCCAUUAAUAUCCUAUAAAGCUACCCAACCAGACGCCAUCUUUAUAUAUCUUCUUUCUGCGCCACCACCAUCUUCCAUGGACGCUUAUAAGUCCCUCGGCCUCGUCCCUAACCCAGAUGGCUCUCUCACUCGCAGUAGCCCAUUUCCCUCUGUACCCGCUACUGAUGAAACCACCGCCGCCACCGACAGCGCUGUGGCUUUUUCCAAAGACGUGCCCCUCAACCCCGCCAACAACACCUUUCUCCGCAUCUUCCUGCCUAGUCUUCUUCCUCCAAACACCAAGCUUCCCGUCAUCUUGUACUUUCAUGGAGGUGGGUUCGUUCUCUUCAGCGUCUCUACUCUGCCUUUCCACAAAUCUUGCAACUCCAUGGCAGCUAAGCUUCCAGCUCUGGUCCUGUCCCUCGAGUACCGUCUCGCGCCGGAGCACCGUCUCCCGGCUGCCUACGAGGACGCCUUCGAAGCCAUCAUGUGGAUCCGGAGCCAGGCGGCUGAGGAGAUCGACGGUGGUGAGCCGUGGCUGAGAGAGUACGCUGAUUUUUCCAAGUGCUUUUUGAUGGGGGGCAGUGCAGGAGCAAACAUGGUGUUCCACGCAGGUGUGCGUGCACUUGAUGCUGAUCUUGGGGCGAUGAAGAUCCAAGGGCUGGUACUGAAUCAGCCCUACUUCGGUGGGGUGGAGAGGACCGAAUCGGAACUGAGACUGGCGGACGAUCGGAUCUUGCCGUUGCCGGCGAGCGAUCUGCUAUGGGCACUUGCAUUGCCCAACGGCGCUGAUCGUGAUCAUGAGUAUAGUAAUCCAAUGGCGGGAGGGUCCCAGUCCCACCAGGAGAAGAUCGGACGGCUGCAGAAGUGUCUGGUGAGAGGGUACGGUGGGGAUCCACUGGUUGACAGACAGAGGAGGGUUGCGGAGAUGAUGGAGGCGCGUGGGGUGCACGUGGUGGCUAAAUUCAAUGAUGGCGGUCACCAUGGCGUGGAGGCCUUUGAUCCCUCACAGGCUGAAGGUUUGUAUAAUGAUGUCAAGAAUUUCAUCUACUCCACCGCUUCAAAAUCAACCAUGUGAUGUGUUGACCCAAAACAUUAAUAAAUUGGAUUUCACGGGAACCAAACAUCAGUUUAGAUUAAAUAAAUUUUCAGACAGAAGGGUCGUGGAAUGUAUUAAUUAUAUGUUUAACAUCAUUUUCUUGGGAAACAAACACACCUAUACUUUGAA